AUGAAGGAAAAACGUGAGUUUCUCGAAUUCAAAUUCACCUAAUUUAAUAUAUUUUCCAGAAAAUAUUUAUGACAGAAACCCCGUAUUGAUGUUCAACCCAGAUCAAAACGACGCUCUAAUUCCAGAAAAUGAAGCAAAACCAUGUUGUGAAGAAUGUUCGCUAGUUUUCAGAACCUGGGCUGGAUUUGAAUAUCAUAUUAUGAAAGUGCAUGUCAAGUUAGUUAUCAGUCUCAAUUUCUUAUACGAUAGUUUUUUUUUCCAGUCACUGUCCAUAUCGUUGUCUUUAUUGUGGUAUGAUGUUUCACAUAGAAAGCGAAGGAAGAUAUCAUAUAAAACAUCAACACGAUUUUGGCAACAAUGAGCAAGUAGAGGUAUUUUUUUAAAUAUUUACUAGUAUUCUCCAAGGGAAAAGCGACAUUGGAGAGAUUCUCAGGGUUCCCAUAUGUUAUACUUUAAACUUGUCCAUUUCUAAAAUCUGGGGGUUCCCAAUUUUUAAAAAUCCCCCGGAAAUUUCUUCGCGAAAACACACAGCGCGUAUUUCGCGUCAAGGUUGCGCGUAUAAUUUGUUGUUUGCGGGCAGUCGGUGUUGACAUACACUCUUAUUUUUUCCGUUCUUUCUUUAGGUUUGGGAUUUCAGUUCAAUAAUAAUUUUAUUUUUCAGUUGGGAAAAAAUGCGAAUUUAGAAAAAGAGGAUGAAAUGUUGUACUAUUAUAAGAAAAUGAUAUUGUUGAAAAAUGGAAAUGAAGAUGAAGAUGAGAAAGACCAACUGAAGGAACAAAUUCCAUCUGCAAUUCUCAAUUAUCCAUCUGCAAAUGUUUUGAAAUAUGAUCGAGUAAAGUUCGAACUUCCACGUGUUUUAAAACGGAAUCCCAGCAGCUCAUCAGAAAAUUUUCCAAAAGUUGAUCGUUAUGAUAGUUAUGACUUUUACAAAACUUUUAGGGAUUCUUAA